AUGGAUGAGGUAUUACAGGAGAUACCCGUAGGAGAGAACCUAGUUAUAGGUGGUGAUUUCAAUGGCCAUGUAGGAGUAGAUAAGAAGAAGGUGCAUGGUGGGUAUGAUUUUGGUGAUAGAAAUAAGGAUGCAGAGAGUAUUUUAGAUUUUAUAUUGACUUUUGACCUUGUGGUGGCCAAUACUAUGUAUAAGAAGAGAGAUGAGCAUUUGGUAACCUUCAAUAGUGGGUCAAUUAGGAGCCAAAUAGAUUACUUUAUAGUAAGAAAAGGAGACCGUCUAAAACGCAACAACUGCAAGGUGAUUCCUAGAGGGAGCUUGACGUCUCAACAUAGGAUUUUGAUACUAUAUUUAUGCUUUAAAAACAAUACCAAACUCGAAAAGAUAGUGGGUGCCGCAGGACUAGAUAGUGAGACAUAA